CACCGAAAGCUCUUCACUUACUAGUUUUCUUUGCUGUCGCUUUCGGUGAUACGAUUUGUGUUCUAGUUUUAUUGAACAAAAACAAGAAAAUAAACCAAUUAGCUCGACAGGACUGAGAUGUUACAGUUUAGGGCUUCUGUUGUGCUGAAGGAGUUGAUUCAAACCAGCCAUAAGCGUUCGUUAUCAGACAUUUUAAGCUUUAAAAAGACUUUACCAAGCGCGUAUCGCUUCAGCGCCGCUUAUUCCAAUGGCAAAAUACCAAAGUUAAAUAUCGUCCGUAAUGGAAGAUAUCUACCUUUCAUUCAACCUCUAUCUUCGAGGAGAUUCCUAUGUACAAAAACCGAGGGAGCGAUCGAACCAGAGACCGUGAAGACAGAUGAGACCUUACAGGAAACGACGGCAGACAACUUCAUCUCUGGGUAUUUCCAUUCUUACCCGCAUUGUGGCCUAAAUGUGAGCAAUGCAAGUGGAGUCACCGGUUAUCAUGUGUCACGCGAAAGUGAGUGGAGGAAAGCUGGAAUCCUGCCCAGCUUGGAGGAUCUGCUCUUUUACAGUAUUGCUGAAGGCCAAGAAAAGAUCCCAGCCCACAAAUUCAUUACCGCGCUGAAGGCCACCGGACUUCGGACGGGAGAUCCACGGCUGAAAGAAUGUAUGGACAUGUUGAAAGUCACCCUGAAGUCCACGUCAGAUGGCGUGAUGCUGGACCGCCACCUUUUCAAAAAGUGUGUCCAGAGCAACAUUGUGCUUUUAACCCAGGCCUUCCGGAAAAAGUUUGUCAUCCCUGAUUUCCAGUCGUUUUCUUCCCACAUUGACACUCUCUAUGAGAAAGGCAGAAAACUUUCUGGUGGACUGGUUGCUGACUACAUUCCCCAACUUGCCAAAUUUAGCCCAGAUUUGUGGGCCGUGUCCCUGUGCACAGUCGAUGGACAGAGACACACGGUGGGCGACACCAAAGUGCCGUUCUGCCUGCAGUCGUGCGUGAAGCCGCUCAAGUACGCUGUUGCUGUGCACGAUCACAGCACCGAAUUUGUGCAUCGCUUCAUUGGGAAAGAGCCCAGCGGCUUACGCUUCAACAAACUCUUUCUGAAUGAGGAGGAUAAACCGCAUAAUCCCAUGGUAAAUGCCGGCGCUAUCGUGUGUACCUCUCUGAUUAAGCAAGGGGCAGGCAAUGCUGAGAAGUUUGAUUAUUUGAUGAACUUCCUGAAGAAGAUGGCAGGAGACGAAUAUGUUGGCUUCAGCAAUGCCACAUUUCAGUCAGAACGUGAGACGGGUGACAGGAAUUUCGCUAUUGGCUAUUAUCUGAAAGAGAAGAAGUGCUUUCCAGAGGGAACCGAUAUGAACGCUGUUCUGGACUUGUACUUUCAGCUCUGCUCCAUCGAGGUAACAUGUGAGAGCGCUAGUGUCAUGGCAGCCACGCUGGCCAACGGUGGUUUCUGUCCAAUCACAGGCGAGCGCGUGCUGUGCCCAGAGGCCGUGCGAGACACCCUUAGCCUCAUGCACUCCUGCGGCAUGUAUGACUUCUCAGGGCAGUUCGCCUUCCAUGUGGGCCUUCCAGCCAAGUCAGGUGUGUCUGGGGGUAUUCUGCUGGUUGUGCCUAAUGUGAUGGGCAUCAUGUGCUGGUCUCCGCCAUUGGACAAGCUCGGCAACAGUGUCCGAGGCAUCCAGUUCUGCACGGAUCUGGUGUCCUUGUUCAACUUUCACAACUAUGACAACCUGAGGCAUUUCACCAAGAAGCUCGAUCCUCGCCGUGAGGGAGGGGAACAGGGGGUGAAAUCUGUCAUCAAUCUUCUCUUUGCUGCCUACACAGGAGAUGUGUCUGCCUUGAGAAGGUUUGCAUUGUCCUCCAUUGACAUGGAACAGAGCGAUUAUGACUCCAGGACAGCUCUGCAUGUAGCAGCCGCUGAGGGACACGUUGAGGUGGUGAAGUUUCUUCUGGAGGCCUGCAAGGUGAACCCUGGUCCCAAGGACAGAUGGGGCAACACGCCAAUCGAUGAGGCAAGGCAGUCUGGGCAUCAUGACGUGCUCACACUUCUGCAGGAGUACACUGAAAAGUACAAUCCAUCUAAAAACCCUGUCGCAGACAAAGAGACCACUGAGAAAAACCUGGACGGGAUGCUGGAGACAUAACCAACCAACCAGUCAAUACUCUUCUUAAGCCUAGUCAAGGACUACUAUAUGUUUAUAAGGUUAGUGUGUUGUUUGUCCUAAAAUAUAGAAAUAUAUAUAUAAUAUAUAUUUUUUUAUGUUACAGUAUAUUCUGUGUAUGCUUUUGUAAGACAUUUUGCUUUCUCCAUUUGGUUCUCACAACAAGAUAAAGUAAGAUUUCAGUAUCAAAUUGUGCAAACCGUGUAAUACACGCUUAUUGUUGAUUGUGCCAAUGAUUUCUUGUAAACGUUGACAAACUGUUCUUAUGAAGUUAAAUAUACCAAACAGUUUGCUGGAUUUUCAGGAAGUAAUGUAAUUUUGUAUGGAGCUGUCAUCAUUUUUUCUCACAUCGUUUCGUUUAUUUCAUCAUACAUAUUAGAACAUUUUAACCACUGCCAAACACAUCAUUUCUGCUGAUAUUCUUUACAUGAGUACCCGCACACUGAAUAAUAAACAUAAAGGUAAUGUGUGAAAUCUGAAUACAGAAGUGUUAAAACAUCACAUUUCAGUUAUACUUGGGGAAUAAGAAAUUCACAAAAGUAUAUGAAAGUCACAAUGUGAACAUUUACUUUGUAAACCAUUAUUAGAAAAUAUGUGUCUGCAUUAGAAAGACUCUUUUCAUAAAUAAAUUACAAAUGACCAGGUUUAUAUACAGCCGCGGGAAAACAUUAAGAGACCAUUCCAUAUUUUUAUUUCAAAUCAGCAUUUCUAGAUGUAUUGUGGCCAUUCCAGUCCAGUGUCUGUUGAAUUUCAACAAAAUCAAACCUCAGGAGUGACAGAAAGUCAUCCAACAGCAAUGUGAAAGACUGACCGCAUGAUAAGACACGUGAUAAAAAUCGAGGUUAUCACAUAAAAAAUAUAUUUUUGAACUUUUCCUAAAUACAUGUACAAAUAUUACUGUUGUAUAGCCUAAAAGUGAACAUGAACUUGUUUUCUUUUUGAGGUCUGAAAAAUACAGAGCAUCUUUUCUGUUAUUUUGACCUGUUUCUUCAGUUUUCAUUAUCAGCAAAUAAAUGCAAAUAGAAAAAAGACUGUGACAUUAAAAUUGGGUAGAAAUAUUGUUAGUUGUUCAUAGAGUGAAACAAAAAUGAUUCUUUUAUAAACACUAUAAAUAGUACAUUCUAAAAUCAUGGUCUCUGAAAUGGUCUCUUAAUUUUUUCCAUGGCUGUAUAUUCGAUAUUUGAAUCGAUGUGUCUUCUAGGAUGUUGUGUUAGCAAUAUGGAUGGUAAAAAUGAAGUUAAUGUUGAAAAAUUGGAAAGGAAAUGAAUGAAUGUAAACUAUUCUAAAGAGUCUUAAUUCAGUGUUUAGCUGCACACAAACUGAGUGGUGAGUGUACAUGUGCAGUAAAGCAAUGCUAUACAAAUAUUUAUUUUGAUGUGCA